AUGGAUAAAAUAACACUAAAUGACGCCAUGCAAAAUGUUGACGUCCUGGAUGAACUUCCUCUGCCGGAUCAGCAGCCAUGCAUUGACGCUGCUCCCCUUUCCAUACACUACCAAGUCAACAAGCACACUAACUUUGAAGAUCGGGGUGCAUUUGUCACCGGGAUGGCCAGGUACAUUGAGGAGGCCACUGUUCAUGCCAAGCUGAAUGAAUGUCUAGAAGAGGGGGAGGGAUAUGCCAUAAUGUUGUACACAUGGAGGUGUUGUUCUAGGGCUCUACCUCAGAUAAAGUCAAACGAGCAGCCGAACCGUGUUGAAAUUUACGAAAAGACUGUUGAAGUUCUUGGCCCUGAAGUUCAGAAACUUAUGAAUCUGAUGUAUUUUCAGAGAGCUUGCAUCAGUAAGUUUAGCGACGAGGUAAAGAGAUUAUGUCAUAAGGAGAAGAAAAAUGACUUUGUAUCUGAAGCUUAUCUAUUGACGCUGGGUAAGUUCAUUAACAUGUUUGCUGUGUUGGAUGAGCUGAAAAAUAUGAAGUCUUCUGUUAAGAAUGAUUAUUCUGCCUAUAGGAGAGCAGCCCAAUUUCUGAAAGUAAUGUCAGAUCCGAAUAUGUUACAAGAAUCACAGAACCUCUCAAUGUUCCUGGCCACACAGAAUAAGAUCAGGGAUAUGUUGAGACAGGCUGUGCAAGAGGUACCAGGAUUUGAAGACUUGAUAUGCGAAGUUGUCAACUUAGCAGUCUAUCUCUAUGAGAAUCGCAUGUACCUGCUGCCUAGUGAGAAACAUAUGCUCGUUAAGGUAAUGGGAUUUGGAUUGUUCAUUCUGGAUAGUAGGGAGCUGAAGGAUGUAUCCAUCUACAAAUUGGAUAACAAAAAGAAACUCAAUCUUGCCAAGAUAGAUAGGAUAUUCAAGCAAAUCGAGGUUGUACCAUUAUUUGGCGACAUGCAGAUAGCCCCAUUCAACUACAUCAAGACCAGUCUUAACUUCGAUUCUUCAAAAUGGCCGCUCUGUACGUCUGCCCAAAUUAGUCCGCAGGCAGUACUGCUGCCAUCCCUGGAGAUGAUGAGGGAGGAGCAUGUCAGGUACAUUAGUGAACUGGCCAGGCAUAGUAAUGAGGUGAUAACGACGUCCAGAGAGCUAACAAGAAAUGAUGAAGAGAAUAGAAAACUAACAACCCUGGCUCUGCAAGGAUUGCAGUUAUUAUCAUCGUGGAAUUCUAGAAUAAUGGAAUUGUACUCGUGGAAGUUACUGCACCCAACUGACCAUCAUCAAAAUCGGGACUGCCCUCAGGAUGCUGAGGAAUAUGAAAGGUCAACCAGGUACAACUAUACUAGCGAGGAGAAGUAUGCCCUGAUAGAGGUCAUAGGUAUGAUUAAAGGUCUGCAGGUACUGAUGCUACGCAUGGAGGCAGUCUUCAUGGAUGCCAUACGCAAGAAUGUCUAUGCCGAACUUCAGGAUUUUGUGCAAAUUCAGUUGAGAGAUCCUCUUAGGAAGGCUAUCAAGAAUAAGAAGGAUCUGAUUAAAAGCAUCAUAGUAUCAGUCCGGGAGACGUGCGCUGAUUGGUUGAGAGGGAUGGAACCACAGGACGACCCCGCCCUGCGCGGAAAAAAAGACGACGAUAACUUCAAGAUUAAGGUGCCCAGAAGGAAUGUCGGACCUUCCAGCACACAGUUAUACAUGGCACGAACCAUGUUGGAAUCCUUAUUGUCGGACAAGGGUGGGGGCAAGAAGACCCUUCGCAAGGAGGUUGACAUCAACCAUCUGGCACUCAUUGACCAGUUUCAUAAGAAUUCCUUCUUCUGGCCCUACCUGCUGGGCUUUAAUCAGACUCUGCACGAAUGCUGCGAACUCUCCCAACUCUGGUACCGAGAGUUCUACCUGGAGAUGACGAUGGGCAAAAAAAUCCAGUUCCCAAUCGAAAUGUCCCUGCCCUGGAUACUGACGGAUCAUAUCCUCGAAACCAAGGAACCCUCCAUGAUGGAGUACGUGCUCUGCCCUCUUGAUUUGUACAACGACAGUGCACAUUACGCCCUGCACCGAUUCAAAAAACAAUUCCUCUACGAUGAAGUCGAAGCAGAGGUGAAUUUGUGCUUCGAUCAGUUCGUCUAUAAGCUGAGUGAUCAGGUCUUUCUCUACUAUAAGCAUUGGGCUGGAAGCAUCAUGCUGGACAAAAAGUUCCGACUCGAGUGUGCCAAAUUAUCAGUCAAAAUUCCAUACCCAGUUGCGAAUAGGUAUCACACCCUUCUUAAGCAGAGGCAUAUACAGUUAUUAGGCAGGUCGAUAGAUUUGAACCGCCUGGUGUCACAACGCAUCAACGCCUCCCUCCAGAAAUCUCUUGAUUACGCCAUCAGCAGAUUUGAAAGUGGCGACCUCACUGGCAUUGUGGAACUAGAGGCUCUGAUAGAAUGCAACCGCCUAGCUCACUCGCUAUUGGCUAAGCACCUAUCACUCAAUGAUUUUGACUCGAUGUUCAGAGAGGCCAAUCACAAUGUCUCGGCCCCCUACGGUCGUAUAACUCUACAUGUGUUCUGGGAGUUGAAUUAUGAUUUCCUGCCGAAUUAUUGUUUUAAUGCCGCUACUAACAGAUUUGUGAAGACCGCCAUGUCUUUCUCGGCUCAGAUAACUCGAGACAAGCCGCCAAGUACUUCUGUUCAGUUCCUCUGGGGUACCAAGCACCUUAGCACCUCGUUCAACGCCAUCUUCUCUCUGUACAACAACUUCGUUGGCUACCCUCACUUUCACGUCGUUGCUCGCCUGCUUGGCUACCAGGGGAUCGCCGUCGUCAUUGAAGAACUUUUGAAGAUCGUCAAGAAUUUGAUCCAGGGAACGCUGAUGGAGUACGUGAAGACUUUGAGAUCCGUCAUGCCUCAGGUCUGCAAGCUCCCGAGAUAUGACUACGGAUCGCCAGGUGCCCUGAACUAUUUCUUCGCCCAGCUGACGAACAUCAUUCAGUAUCCGGAGAUGAGGACUGACAUGUUCCAGGUCUUUCGCGAGAUCGGGAAUGCUAUACUGUUCUGCUUACUGGUUGAACAGAGUUUGUCGCAGGAAGAAGUGGGCGACCUAAAACACGCAGCACCUUUCCAGAACAUCAUCCCCAAGCCAUUCAUACCACCAAAAGAGGGCGAGAAUAAGAAGGACCGAGAAGCGGAACUGAAAGCCAUGAUGAAACUUCUCGAAGCCAAGUACGCCGCUCUUCAAGUCGUUCCUGUCAUUUCGAAACUUGGCACCGGUCGUCAGGCGGACAUAGCCACCGAUGGCGACCUCCUGACCCGCGAGCGCCUCUGCUGUGGCCUCUCAGUAUUUGAGAUUGUCCUCACGAGGGUACGGUCCUACUUGGAGGAUGGCAUCUGGUCCGGCGCACCGCCUGGCAUUCUCGGUGCCCCCACUCCGAGCCCUGCCAAUGGGGUGAUGUUUGUUGACGAGUGCGUGGAGUUUCAUAGGGUCUGGAGUGCUGUGCAGUUCGUCUUCUGCAUGCCAGUCGGAGAGAAUGAGUUCACUAUUGAGCAGUUGUUCGGAGAGGGCUUCAACUGGGCAGGGUGCGCCAUCAUAGCCCUGUUGGAUCAGCAGAGAAGAUUCGAGGCCCUGGACUUCUCCUACCACCUACUGAAGAUGAACAGGGUCGACAUGAAGGAUGACGUCAUUAAGGGAACUUCGCUAAAGAAGAUGGCCGACCGGAUCCGGAAGUUUCAAAUCCUGAACAGUCAGAUCUUCGCCACGCUGAACAAGUACAUGAAAUCCUGUGAGAGCACUGCUGAAACUACGCCAAUGGAGCAUGUAAAAUGCUACCAACCGCCUGUACCACAAUCUAUCAAUGUUAACAUUUAA